AUGGAUUGUCUUACUAAUAUUUUGGAGUUUGAUGCUCAUAAACCAUCAACUAGUUUAUUAGAAGAUCUAUUGAGAAUACAAGGAGUGCACAGUAUCCAAUAUGAUUUAAUAAAAACUGAAACGGAUACAUCAUACAAAAAUAGAAUUUUGUUUAAAUACCAAGUCACUGAUGGUCGAUUCAUUGUUUUUGGUCAAGGUACUAAUUAAUUUUCUUAGUUAUGAACAUUUUUUACAUUUUUUCUUAAAUAUAUUUUAAUUUACCAAUAAUGUAUGGUGUAGGUGAUUCAAAAAGGGAAGCUAAAGAAAUUGCCGCACAAAAUUUUUUAAGGAUUCUUAAUAAAGAAUUUCCAGAAUUGUGUACAGAUUCUUUAUUUCAAUCCCAUAUGAAUGAUAGUAUGGUCAAAAAUAAUAUGGUUGAACCAAUGACUUUAGAAGACUCCAAAAAUCAAUAUAGGUCAACUUGUGAGCUUCAUAAACUUUGUGCAUCUCUCAAAUAUGGUAGACCAGUUUAUGUAACAGAAGAAAUAGCCAGUUUAGAUCAUAGUCCUAUUUACACGAUUUCUUGUACCGUGUUAGAAUACAAGCGAACUGGUGAAGCCAAGACUAAAAAAUUAGCCAAGCAAAUAGCUGCUCAUAAAAUAUUAUUGAUAUUGAAAGAGUGA